AUGCCUACUCCAUUUUUGAGUUGGCAAUCCAAAAUAGUUAUUAAUAAAAUCUACGUGUGGCAGUCAAGCUUACAGCCUCCUGAUGGAAAAGGCCAAAUGAUGGACCUUGAAUCGAGAAGCAUUAGUUAUAGCCAGAAUAAGCAAGCCACAGUUAUACAACAAAUUAAUAUGACAGCAAAUGAGAAUUUGCUCGAGUCUCCAAUAUAUAAUGUAUCAUAUUUUGAUCCAAGAUCCAUUAGUAUUUAUAAUAUUAAUUAUACAGAUGAAUUAUCUUGCAUGGGAUUUGGCGGUAGGAAUAACAUUUCGGGAAAAGGUUGUGCUAGUGCAAUUAAAGCCAGUGUAAAUGUUAUAGAGACGCAAUCUAAUUCAACUGGAACGAUUAAUAUAGUAAACAAGAAUAUAAGUCCAACACGAUGGAAUAUUGAAAAUGACGGUGAUUCUUAUAUUGUCGAUAUGGAAUUAUGGUGGGGAGGCGUUGAAUUUGGAGAAAAUAUCCCUAAUAACACUGGAGCUUCUUCCUUUGGUUUAACUUCUGAUGCACAAGCUGCUGGUGCAGCUACUAUAUCACUGACUUUGAUGAUUGACUCCUUUACAGGCGGUGAAUUUAAUGGCUAUCAAGGAAAUGGAAUCGGAAAUUUGGCAUUGCUUCAACAGUGGAGAAAGGAAGGCACUACAGAAGAGGGUAUUAGUCGUAUGUUUAAACGACAAUUGACUGACAUUAUGACCAAUAUGGUAACUCCCACCAGUCAGGCUAAGAUAAUCAGUCUUAUUCAACUUAUGGUAGACAAGACUUGCCACGAUUUAUAUUAUGCAACACAAUUUUAUAUAGCUAUUAUAGGAAUAAUAAUGUUAUGUGUUUUACUGAUAAAUAUUAUAAUUGAUAAAAAUGACAAAAAAGCAAAAAUUGUGGUUCCAUUAACAAUCAAACAGAUAGCUCUGUAUAUGGAUCUUGGUAGAGUAAUAAUAUCCAUGUAUAUGAGCGUAAAUAAUAAAGAUAUCAAGGCAAGAAGCAUGAAGUCAUCAGAUUGGGAAAUGAAUAGGAAAUCAUCAGAAGAUUAUAUUUUUAAAAUUGUUUAA